UCCUGGAGGGCGACUCAAUGGACCAGGACGUGGAGAGUCCAGUGGCCAUUCACCAGCCAAAGCUGCCGAAGCAGGCCCGAGACGACCUCCCAAGACACAUCAGCCGGGACCGGACCAAAAGGAAAAUCCAAAGAUACGUGAGGAAGGACGGGAAAUGCAACGUCCACCACGGCAACGUGCGGGAGACCUACCGCUACCUGACCGACAUCUUCACCACGCUGGUGGACCUCAAGUGGAGGUUCAACCUGCUCAUCUUCGUCAUGGUUUACACGGUGACGUGGCUGUUCUUUGGCAUGAUCUGGUGGCUCAUUGCCUACAUCCGUGGAGACAUGGACCACAUAGAAGACCCCGCGUGGACUCCCUGCGUCACCAACCUCAACGGCUUCGUCUCCGCCUUUCUGUUCUCCAUCGAGACGGAAACCACCAUCGGCUACGGCUACCGGGUGAUCACAGAUAAGUGCCCGGAGGGAAUUAUUCUCCUCUUAAUCCAGUCUGUGCUGGGCUCCAUCGUGAACGCGUUCAUGGUGGGAUGCAUGUUUGUGAAAAUAUCUCAGCCCAAGAAGAGGGCAGAGACGCUGGUGUUUUCCACCCACGCGGUCAUCUCCAUGCGGGACGGGAAGCUGUGCCUGAUGUUCCGAGUGGGAGACCUCCGGAACUCCCACAUCGUGGAGGCCUCCAUCCGGGCCAAGCUCAUCAAGUCCAAGCAGACUUCAGAGGGGGAGUUCAUCCCCCUGAACCAGACGGACAUCAACGUGGGCUACUACACAGGCGACGACCGGCUGUUUCUGGUGUCACCGCUGAUCAUUAGCCACGAAAUUAACCAACAGAGUCCUUUCUGGGAGAUCUCCAAAGCUCAGCUGCCUAAAGAGGAACUGGAAAUUGUGGUCAUCCUAGAAGGAAUGGUGGAAGCCACAGGGAUGACGUGCCAGGCGCGGAGCUCCUACAUCACCAGUGAGAUCCUGUGGGGUUACCGCUUCACGCCCGUCCUCACGCUGGAGGACGGCUUCUACGAGGUCGACUACAACAGCUUCCACGAGACCUACGAGACCAGCACGCCCGCCCUCAGCGCCAAAGAGCUGGCCGAGUUGGCCAGCAGGGCCGAGCUGCCCCUCAGCUGGUCCGUGUCCAGCAAACUCAACCAGCACGCGGAGCUGGAGACGGAGGCGGAGGAGAGCCCCGAGGAGCAGACGGAGAGGAACGGUGACGUGGCCAACCUAGAGAAUGAAUCCAAAGUGUAG